AUGAGUGUGUCAUUAUUUACUCUUGUCGCAAUUGCAAUUAACAGAUAUAUUUUAAUUGUUAAACCGAAAAUUCAUAAUGGAAUUUAUUCACCUGAAAAUACAUCAACAAUGAUAAUAUUAAUUUGGAUAGUUAGUUAUGCACUACUUUUGCCAAUGAUAUUUGGAAUAUGGGGAUCUGUUGGACUUGAUAAAAAAAUAAUGGUCUGUGAAAUACUAAAAAAUAAGGAAAUUAAAAAAAGUCGUCAAAAAAUGGCAACAUAUUUACCAACUCAAAGAGCAGCAUCAAAUCAAGAAAAUGAAAUUACAUACCUGAUGUUUAAAAUAUUUAUUGGAUUCUUGGCAUGUUUUUUACCGACAGUUUUAGUAAAUAUAUUUGAUUCUGAUGGAAAUUAUCCAGUUUAUCAUCUUGUUGAAUCAAUGACAUCAUGUGCCUCAGUUGUGAUAAAUCCAAUCAUUUAUGUUAGCACAAAUAAACUCUUCAGAUCAGGUUUUAGAGAAAUUUUUUCGUGCAGUUCUCAUGAUGUUAUUGCAAAAGCUCAACAUCACACCAAGACUUUAUACAGACAAGCUCAACUUUCUUCAUUACCUCCAACGAAUUCUUCCUCGGAAAAUGAUACAUCAUAUAAUCCACAUCCAAGCUCUCCAAGUGACAGUUGA